GCGCAUCUCUAAUACAAAACAAAAAAGAACCAUGUCGCUGGGCAAGAAGCACGUGUUGGGGUUUUCGCCCAAUGGUGGCCAACUAUUUGCCUCGGUGGACGAGCAGGGCAUCCUGCGGAUAUGGGACACGGAGACGAACACGCUUAAGCAGGAGUUCACGCCCAAUCUACAGGUAUCCGGCCCGUGUACAGCGCUCACGUGGGUAUCGGUGGCCGGUCCACGCUCCAAGAAGUCGCGGAAGAGUCUCCCAAGCCAGGAUGCAGCCAAUGAUCAGCUUCACAUUGCUCUGGGAACGCUAAAGGGGGCCUUAGUCAUAUACUCUCUGGCAGAGGCGAAGAUUACGCGAACACUUGGUGGUGACAGUCACGAUGGCCCGGUGACCUCGAUUGCGUAUGACAAUGCUGGCCACCUGUACACGGUGGGCGCAGAUUGCCGGGCGCUCGUUUGGUCGCUGACCGAGGAGCGCUGCAUCGGCGACCUGCAAGUGGGACCGGAGAAGCCACAGAACAUUGCAUAUUUGCCCAAGAGCCGCACUCUGGUCGUGGGCUCCCGCCAGCUGAAGGUGUACGAUGCUAAGACAAAAGAACUUGUGGAGACAUUCACUGGCCAUUCGGGCGAAAUAAACGCCGUCGCCACUGUAGUGUGUGCGGACAACACAGAAUUCGUGCUGACCACAGCUAAGAUGGAGCGCGUUAUCUGUUUCUGGAAGGUCGAGAAGAAGGGCAAGAACAAGGCUUCUGCCUGCACGCUGCUUAUGGAGGAUUUGGCCUACUGUCUGGCCAGCGAGAUACGCGACGAUGGCCAGCUGCGAGUGGCCAGUGUGACACGAAAUGGCAAUAUUCACAUAUACCUGCUGAAUGUAACAAGUUUAUCCGCCGAGAAGUUCGUGAAGCCCAAGGUGUCGCUGCAAAUCGUUUCCGAUGGCGCCGAGACAGUGGAACCCAUAAUGGCAGUGGCGGCAAAUUUCAUCACCGACUCAAAUCGCUCACACGAAAUCCUUUUUGGCUACGGAAGUCGCCAGCAGCUGCAGUUCGAACGCUUCACCCCCAACUAUGCCGAGAAACUGAACGUUAUCGAGCGCGCUGAUCCAAAGAAAUUGUAUGCCAAGAAGAAGGGUAAGGAGCAGCUGGGCUUCCAGGCCGCCACCAAGGUCUUGAAGCCAGUGGUGAGCAAAAAGAAUGUGGAGUACAACAGCGCGCUGCCCAUCUCCCAGAAGAAGGUGCAGAACGAGGUGCCCAUGGAGGCACGCCUGCAGCACCUACAGAUCCAUGCUACCAAACUGAGCGGCGGUAAGCUGCAGACCCAGAGCAAGACUCAGCUGCUUAUGCAGGCCUUGCACAGCAAAGAUCAGGCGAUGAUUAAGUCGGUCCUGAGCACGCAAGAUACAGAUACGAUACAGCUAACGCUAGAUCGACUGCCGCUCGAAUACGUGAGUCCCUUGGUCAACGAGCUCUCCAUUCUGCUGCAAGGAAAGCACUCCAAUGUAAGCUCUGCCCUGCGUUGGCUGCACGUACUGGCCUCCACCCACACCAGUGUCCUGAUGUCCGAGGACAAGGAGGCGCUGCGAGAUAAGUUGGAAGUAUGCCUGGCUGUGGCGGAGCAACGAAUGCAGUGCUUGUCCGAGGCCUUACAGAUAUCGGGGCGAGUCAAUCUUAUAAUCAAUCAGAUGCAGCGCAAUGCCGACAACCAUUUGAACGACAGCAAUGUCCUGACUGUGGAGGAAGACCCAGAGGAGCCCGCCGAAGAGUUGGAGGAGGAGAACAACUGGAGCGACCUGGAGGACCAGAAGGAAGGCGGCAGCGCCAAGAGUAUUUCGGACGAAGAGCUGGAAGCAGACGAUGAUCUGGCCACCGAUGAUGUUAACGUAAACACAGACUCUGACUCGGAUGUAUCAAUGGGUGAUUAGCCUAAUCCUAGCCCCUCUGCCCCACUGUACGUUUAGUUUUAAUGCAAUUCCUUCAAAUGAAACAAGAGUUAUUUUCCAAACACAGUUUUCUACACCGAA